AUGAGUGCACUGCUAGGUUCGGUCUUUCUGCUGUUGCUGGCCGGGGGCACUCCUGCGGCAGCCGGCUCGCUCAAGGAUAUCGAGCAUGUCGUGAUCUUCAUGCAGGAGAACCGAUCAUGGAACAAUUACUUCGGCACGAUGGCCGGCGUUCGCGGCUUCAACGAUCCCAACGUCCAGGUCAAUGGCAAUGGGACGCCCGUUUGGUACCAAACUGUCACCCCGGACAUGUCGUCUGACACCAAGACCCUCCUCCCCUGGUACCUGGGCUACAAGAAUAGCAGCUACUGGAGCGGCGCGAUUCAAUGCAUGACCGCCGGGAGCAACGGCUACGAGGACAACCAAGCAGCCCUGAACCACGGGCUGAAUAACAUGUGGGCGCGCAACAACACCCCCUGGAGCUGGGGGUAUCUCAAGCGUGACGACAUCCCGGUGCAUUUUGCCAUUGCAGAGGGCUGGACCGCGGGUGAUAUGUACCAGGAAUCACAAAUCACCUCGACCAGCCCUAACCGGGUGACGCUGGUCAGUGGCUCGGUCAACGUCCCUGGGGGCCCUCAGAGUCCCGACCAAGGCGGACCGUACCUUGACAACAACGAAACACCAGGCUGCGAGGACAACGGCAUCAACUGCUACCCGCUCAAGUGGAAGACCAUCUACGAGAUCUACCAGGACGCCGGGGUCUCUUGGCAGGUAUACCAGGACAAGAACAACUUCGACGACAACCCGCUGGCCUGGUUCGAACAGUACCAGAACGCGUCGGACGACUCGCCGCUGGCGCAGCGCGGGCUGAGCUUCCUCGGCCUGGACGCCUUCUACCAGGCGGCGUCGAACGGCAGCCUGCCCGAAGUCAGCUUCAUCGUGGGGCCGGCCGAGCUCAGCGAGCACCCGCCGUACAUGCCCAAAGACGGCGCGUGGCUGCAGAAGAAGGUCGUCGACGCGGUCACGCACAGCCCGAAGUACAGCUCGACGCUGCUCAUCAUCAGCUACGACGAGACGGGCGGCUGGGGCGACCACGUCGCGCCGUUCCACUCGCCGGAAGACACGCCGGGCGAGUGGAUGGAGGAUCCGUACGGGCUGUUUGGCAAGAUCUUCGUCGGGCCGGGCUUCCGCGUGCCCCUGUACAUGGUGUCGCCGUGGACCCGCGGCGGCCGCGUGUUCACCGAGCGCGCCGACCACAACUCGCAGAUCCUCUUCCUGGAGAAGUGGCUCGAGGCGCGCGGCUACGACAAUGUACGCACCCCGGAGAUGGUCCCCUGGCGCCGCGCGCACAUGUCCGACCUCGUCAACGCGCUCGACCUCGACCACCCGGACACCAGUCUGCCGCAUCUGCCGGACGCCGACGAGCCCGAUCGCCUGGGCGACUUGUACACGGGCACGUCGAACUGUGAGGCCGCCCACCCGCAGCAGCGCCCGCCGGUGCCGUACGGCCAGCAGAACGUGUCGGAGGCGCUGUUCUUCGAGCAGGGCUUCAAGGAGGUCGUCGGGUAUCUGACCGAGGGCCGCUACCUGGUCUUUGAGCAUGGUCAGACCGCGCUGACGAAUGCCGGCAGCACGGACAAGCUGACGAGCGCUCCGGCGGCGGCGGAUCAUAGUGAUAAGCGGCAGCGGUGGGUGAUCCAUUACAGCAGGGGAGAGGAGAGCCAGAAGUUCCAGGUGUCCAGCGCGUUGGACGGCAAGUGGAUUGGGCCGAGUGGGAGUUUGGUGGCGUCGCGCAGCCAGGCUGCGGAUAUCAAGGCCAGUUUCCUCGGCAAUGGACAGGGCUACCAACUACAGUAUGCCGAUGGGUCGGCCGUGGGCAGCGAGCAGAGCUACAAGAUCUGGAGCGUCACGUACCGGUAG